AUGCCGGCGAGGGAAGCGCGGACACCGGCUCGCGAUUUAGCUUGUUUGUGGGGAGCGGGUGUACAGCGCUGGGCAGCUGGCGGGUACAGACAUCGAACGGUGCACAACGCCCAAGUACACAAUCUGCCACCGCUGCACCCCACGCCUCGCCUCGCCGCGCAUCUUCCACCGCCCUGGAGCGAAUUCCGAGCGGCGAUCAGGUUUGAUGGGAUCAUUUGUCAUGUCCGAAACGCGGAAGAUCCGGACCCGCCCUCAGGGAACUUUGCAGGGAAGGGCAGAAUAUGCGCCGCUCUGUAUUUGCGGGCGAGUCUGCGCGGCGGAGUCGGAAAUCCGGGCGAGCGGUCAACGAAGGCCCUCGCCGCGUCAGUGGGGCAUCAAGUGGACGUUGCUGAGGAUGUCAACAAGUCCGUGCGCUGGCUGGAAGUGUAUAUAAGGCGAGUCCCCUCCCUCUCCCUUUAUAUCAUCGAACACGUACUCUACUGCCAUCCACCCCUCCCGGCCUUUUUGCUACAUUCCGUUCCCCCUCGCUUUCGCCGUAUCCGAGGCUGCUUGCUAGAUGGCCUCGGCGUAGCGAGUCUGCUUUUCAAGUUGCCGAGCAUUGUGGAGCCCGCUCUCCUUAGAUACAGGCCCAGCGCGGAUUUGCCCGUCGGUCCUUCUGCGAUUCCGAUUCGUUUGCGAAGGCGCUCCUUGCGGUGCGCUCAGGCGCAGCUCACAGCCGAUGAGCUGACUUUGACCUGCAUAGGGCGGCCCGGCAAUGAUUCAAGCGAGCUGCUUUCGAUGCUACGGCUCACCAUCGAGCUCCCCCUCGAUGACCUUCUCAACAUCAUCGCAUUUCAAGAUAUCUUAGCCCUCCGCGCUCUCGCCCUUCACGCGGCACAACGACUGCCUGCCCGAGGUCGCCGAUGUCACGACACGCUGCACGGUGACACCCAUCCCCGCACGAACACGACCGCCGCUGCGCCUUUCGACGACGGCUGCGGGACCGACCGUACGACGCCGUCGCCAGAGUCAACCUUGACCUGCCACGAAGACGGACGAAUCAACGAGAGCAUCGACGAUGCCUCCGACUGUCGCGCAGCGAGGGGUUUGACGCUGGGAACCUACGGCUGGAGCGGCAGCGGCGUUUUCGAGCUCACUCGAGAUCUCCUUGCACCGGGAAAUCGCGACCCCGUGCACGAUCCGCCACGCCGUCGACGAGUUCCCGACGCCCAAUCUCGCGCAUGCGGCCUUGUCGCACGACCGCUAUUGUCUCAACGGAGGAGCGAGCGACCGGCCGCGCGAGUAUGCAGCGGUAUCGUGCCGGUGGUCGUGCGAUCCGUGAUUGAACAGAAUGGUAAAGUACACGGCCCCACUCGAUCAGUGGGCGAUCCCACAAGCGCUCACCCUCAGCUUCGGGAUAAGCAGCAGGACACGAGAAAGCGCCGUGGGCUCAAGAACAAAUCGCCAAGGAAACACCACGCGACAGCCUCGCCGAGCGCGAACGAGGACCUGACAUCGGCACGAGCCGCGCUUGCGGUGCACGCGUCGGACAGACUUGACGGCUGGGUAGAAGGGGGCGGAGUUGCGCGCAGAGGCUGGGAGAAGGGGAGUUUGACGGUUAGCUAUGAAGUUCAAAAUGGCCGAACAGACUCGCACUCAACACAACCCAUCACGAGGGUAACAAAAGUACCUCCCCGUUCCUUACAACGACCUACGAAUGCCUGCGGAGGGCAUAGCAAGACGCACGAGGGUGGGGGUGGGGGGUCAGGCCCUUCCCUCUCGUAUUAUAUUUGGGGUCACAUCGCCCUCACUCAGCCUCGCCUUUCGAAGGGCGAGGAAGGCGACUAA